CGAGUUUUUGUGUUAUUCCUAUAAUUUUUUGAUUUUUCGUCUGCAUUUAUAUAAAAAACAGUUCUUUUUAGAACUAUUUAGCGUCAUAUUAGUGUCAUUACGAUAAAAAUAUGGAUUCAAUGCCGAGUACUAGUGGUAAUUGCCCUUCUCCACCUAAAAAACGCGGAGUGAAUUUGGGUAGACAUUUAUCAUCAAAUGAAAAACAAUUCAUUAUAAAUAUGUACAAACAAAUAAAAAUUGAUGAUCCUGGAAUGAAAAUAACAGCCAUGGUAGCAAAAAUAAAGCAGGCAACAGGUGUUGCGAAUUCAACGAUUUAUAGAACCAUUAAGGAAUAUAAGCAAACUGGAACUGUAAGAUGUCCUAAAAAUAUUGGCGGUAGACCUGCUGUACUUUCAAGAUAUGACGAAAAAGUUAAAACAUCUGUACGACACAGCUUCUUUUUCAAGAACGAAAUGCCCACUUUAAAUAAAAUUUUAAGUGAAGUUAACAACCGCCCAGAUCUUCCAAACAUGUGUCGUUCAACAUUAUAUAAAUUCUUGAAGCAAAUAAAUUUUAAGUAAGUAAAUAUGGGUUAGCCACAAUUAAUAGUAAAUAAUAAGUGCAACCCAAAAAAUAUUCAUAUUAUGUCUGGGUUAGGCAAUCAAUUAGAGGAUAUUUUUUCCUAUGUUGUAGACGCUCUAAAUGCAAAUUGUUUCAUUUGAAAGCUGUAUAAUUAUUUAAACAAUCUUUAUUUAAUUAAAUAGUCUUUAUUUCAUCAAGGAAAUAUAAACACAGAUGACAUAAUAUAUUCUUCUGAAGCGAAAUCAGAGACGCUAAAACCGAUCAGUCCCCGCCCGGUAAAAAAAUCAACAAAAAUUUUUAAUUUGUUUAAACAAAGAUUGUCUAAAGAAUUAGACAACAUUCAAAUAAGAAUAUUUGUAUUUAUAACGUUAAAAAGGUACACAUGUGGUAAGUUUUUCUAAAAAACAUUCUACAACAUAGGAAAAAAUGUGGUUUUAUUUUGUUAUAAAUAAAUUAAUUUAUUAUAACAAAACUAAAGCAUAUUUUGGAUUUAAUUAUGCACUAUUUAGGUGGCUCUACUCGAGUUACCUCGGAUUAAAAAAAAAAUGAAGAAAAUUGCUUGAUUGUAAGUCGAGAAAAUGCAUUUUUUUAUAUAUACCGAUUUUGAACUUAAGAAGGGUGAAUCUAGGUUGAAGAAUUGGUGAAUUUCAUAGAUUUUUUUGUAUUUUUAUACCAAAUAAUCGCGGAAUAUCAAUUGUUUUUAUUAUAAUAAUAUACCCAUUUUAUGAGUGUUUUAAACAUGAAAAUUUGUAUGGAGAAAGAUAAAGGUAAGGUCAAAAUAUACAUUUUAUUAUUUUGUAGGUACUUGGAAGAGAAGUCGAAGAAGUCAUCUUAUCGAACGUGAUGAUAUCAUAAGAUGGAGACGUCGUUACCUAACUUCUAUAAAAGAAUACAGAAGUCAAGGUAAACCAAUUUAUUACCUUGACGAAACAUGGGUAAAUGAAGGUCACACCAAAGAGAAAGUGUGGGUAGACACCGAUAUAAAAAACCGUAGACAGGCUUUUAUUGAGGGGUUGUCUACUGGUUUGAAAAAUCCAUCAGGAAAAGGAAAACGCCUCAUAGUUUUACAUAUUGGAUCAGAGUUAGGUUUUGUUAAUGAAGGACUUUUACUUUUUGAGGGAAGAAAGACAGAAGAUUACCAUGAAGAAAUGAAUGCAUCUGUUUUCGAAAAUUGGUUUAGUAAUAUCCUGCAAAAAUUACCAAAAAACGCUGUUAUUGUAAUGGAUAAUGCAGCAUACCACAGCAGAAAAUUAGAAAAAAUUCCGACAACAUCAUCAAAAAAGAAAGACAUGCAGGAAUGGUUAAAAAUAAAAAAUAUUCCUUUCAAUUUGGAGAUGGUUAGGUCAGAAUUAUUACAUCUGAUACGAUUAAAUAAAAAUGAGUAUAAUAUGUAUGUAACUGAUGAGAUGGCUAAAGAAAAUGGUCAAAUUGUACUGCGGUUGCCUCCAUAUCAUUGUGAGUUGAAUCCCAUUGAGAAAAUUUGGGCUCAAGUGAAAAAUGAAGUGGCAUUAAAAAACACAACAUAUAAACUGAAAGAAGUAAAAAAUCUACUGUUACAAGCUCUGGACAAUGUAACUCCAACACAUUGGCAAAAUUGUGUUAAGCACAUCCUGAAAGUAGAGGAAAAAAUGUGUAAACUAGAUGGUAUCAUGGAUAGUGUCAUAGAACCACUAAUAAUUUCAAUUGGCAAUGAUGACAGUGACACCAGUUCCUCAGAAGAUGAAUAAUUGUAUGUUCAAUACAAUUUAUUCAUCUUCUCAGGAACUUCGCUUCAAUGUAAUUUUGAUUUAUUUGAAUUUUAACCACAAUUUAAGUUUAAAGUUAAAUUUAUUUGAGAUUUAAAUUUUUAAAAACAAAUCACAUGGUAUGAUUUUUUUGAUGGAUAUUCUUAAGUUGAUUUUAUGUUUUCGAAUGAACUAUCUUUCAAUAAAGUCGUCCCAGGAACGCAACUCAUAGAUAAGUAUUGGCAACAUCGUUUAUUUAAAGUUAUUUACUUUAAAAUGGAUAAUAUAAUGUCUGAACUGAGGCCAUGAGAGCCAGAGUGGCCUAACUGAUAUUUACAUUACUUUACAUAAUCAAAGAAAAUGAUCAGAAGCUAACAAUGUUCGAUUGUUUUAGUAAUUGUAUGUUGACCAAGAAUCAUUAUUGGUCAACAUACAAUUACUAAAACAGUCGAACAUUGUUAGUUUCUUAUCAUUUUCUUUGAAUGUAAAUAUCAGUUAGGCCACUCUGGCUCUCAUGGCCUCAAUUGUUAAUAUAAAUGAGUCAGAUAAAAUUAAAUUAGAAGUUUUUUUUACCAAGCACCAAAAACAAAAUGUUUUGCAUUUUGAUAACGACCUGCGAAGUGGAAAUCGAAACGUAUCGAAAUCAAAAAUAAAUUUAAUUGCAAACUAAAAUUGUGGCUUUAUUCCCACCUAAAAUAGUAAAUUGCAUCAGAUGCCACAAAAAAAUACUCUCUAUCUCUGCUGGCCAUUAACUCUCUCCAUCCAAUUCUGCACUUCUAUACCUACCAUCCAAAUCUGCACUUUUAUACCUACCAUCCAAAUCUGCUUAUUACUUUGAACCACAUCUUUCAUGAUAUUUCUGGUCUGACUUUCCAUAUUAUUUGUUAUUCUUUUUCCACUCCUAACUCCACUAAAAAUUCCCUGCAGUACUUUCGUUUUCUAGAUGUCAUAUUUUCAUUUCAUCUUUCUUAUUCAUUGUCCAAGUGUAACAAGCAUACAAUGCCACUGGUCAAGUAACUUUCAUUAUCCCAUUGUUCUGCUUCCUUUUAGUAGUAUCUUUUCUAUUUAUUUUUCAUCUUCCAUCAAUUAUUGUCACUCCCAAAUAUUUGAAUUUGCUAUAUUCUGUUCUCCUUUGUUUAUGAUCAUCCUUUGAAGUUUUGUUGUUUGGUGCAAUGACAAUUGGUUUCUAAUAAGCAUUCGUCAACUACGAAAUCUAAGUUCCAUAACUUUUCUUCCUCCUUUUUUGCAUGCUCUAUAAUGUACAUAGUUUCCAAUUUUCUGCAGUGGCUUUCGAUAUUUUCCUGUAAAAUUCUUCUCACAUCAACUAAGUUGUAUGCAUUGUUGUUUCUAGCUACGUCACCCUUUACUUGUGCCCAUAUUAACUCUUUAGGGUAGUUAAGUUGACAAUUAUAUGAGGAUAAACGAAGUACAGUUAUUCCGCCAUCUUUAGCUUUUUCAUCGAUUACAUAUUUUUAUACUUUUGUUUGUGUUGUUGAACGCUAUUCAUGAGUUCUUUUUUAACCAUCGUAUUAUCAAAUGUCACCUCUUUUCAUUUCAACUAAUUAAGUAUCUAAUGCCUACAUAAAUCCAAAGUCGGUAGUUUUUCAAUUAAACGAGAAUGGUUACUAGCAUUAUCCAUUACUAUGACAGAAUUUUGUGGUAUGUUACUAACCAUCUGAAAGAAAUAUUCUUGAAAUAGCUCUAUUUCCUCAUGAUAAUCUUCAGUGGAUCUUGUAGUAAAUUUUAAUAAACCACCAUUUAUAAAUCCUCUUUCAGAUCCAAUAUGAAUAAUUAUUAGUCUACCUUUUCCAAUAGGUGGGUUCAAACCAAACGAAUAUCCUUCCAUAAAAUCCUGUCACGAAUUGGUAAUAUUGUUAUCAGCCCAACAUUUUGAAACAGUUGUAUUGUAAUGUAAUAGUUGUAUUCUUGUGUACUUUUAUGCAGGUACCUCAGCGUUGAUUAAAUUUUAUUCUGAGAUGAGUACUAUCAUUAUUUUAUUACUUAUGUUGUUUUUAUAUAUAUCCUAAAAUACUUAAUAUGUAUCAGACCAAAUUUUAUAGCUACCAUUACUUAACACUUGCAAUUAUCUAAAUUGACGAGCGGUAAUAUUACUUUUCGAAAUUGAUGUAAAAGUAAUUUUAUUACUUCACCUUUCAAAUUCCUAAACAGCUUCACUUUUUUUAUUUGUUAAGAGGACUAUGUCAUCUGCAUAAAUAGUAUAUUAUGUAAUGUUGUUUACAUGUGUAAUUAAUUUUAUAUUGCUUUGUCAAAUAAACACUUAUUUAAAAGGAGAAAAACUCGUACUCAUUUAUUUUAACAUCAAAUAUAAAAAAUACAUGUUGAGAAGUAAACUAAAAAAGAAACUACAUAUAUCUCACAUUAUACAAGGAUUCAAUAAUGUAUUCUCAGAAUAAAUAAACAAAUUCUAGUGGAAUAUAGAUAGAAGAGAAAGACAGAUUACUAUAUAAAUUCAAAACAUAUAUAGUGAAAGUACAAUAAUAGACUAGCAGUAGACAAGUAGAUAAAAUAAACAAUAACAAAGCACUGAAAUCAGGCUAAAUAGCAUCUAACAUAGCAAUACAAACAGUUCAUAGCCAAUUAAAGUUACCAGGGCUCGAUCAAACAACCAAGAUAAGAUAUUACAAGAAAAACUAAAUGUCAAUUGCACAAAACCUUAAUACAUCCAGUAUUUACAUAUGAAUCUGAAAUCUGGUUACUUACUUAAAGUGAAGACGACCAAUUGGUUACUUAGGCAGAAGAAUCUUGACACAUAUACAAAGAAGAAAAAAAAAGGGAAAUUGAGAAGAAGAUAUAAUUUUGAACUAUACAGGACAUACCAGAAUCUAUAUACUAACAUUCAUCAAAAUAGGAGCACAUAAUAAGAGGAAAGAUGGAAGAACAUGAAAUAUUUUCCAAAAUAAACAAAGAAAUAUCAGCUGGACAUUAACAGGAGGAAGACCAAAGAUUACAUAUAGGCAAG